AUAUGUUUUAUAAAAUCAUCAACAAAUAAUAAUAUGCAUUAUCAGAUACUCAGAUGUGUAUUAUAAUAUAUUAGAAACAACUUGUGUUUGGUUUUUCCACACUUUACCAUGGAAAAUAAAGAAAGAUUUUCAUUACUACUAUUGGAACCAGGAGAGUACUAUUUUGAAGAUUACAUUGCUUCAUUAGCAAUUACCAAGAAUGAUACAUGGCUUAUUGGACGACUUAAAGUAUGUUCAUUAUCAUUAGUUUUUGAUCCAAAAGAUUACCAUAAACCAAUUUUAAAGAUACCAUUUACACAAUGUGGAUCUAUUACUAAGAGUUCAGAUGAAGAUUCAAAUAUAUUAAAUAUAAUAUGCAAACAGUACAUUGAAAUGUUAGAUCAUAAUGUGUUAGAACCUUACAAGUUUAUUAAUGAAAUAUCAUUAUUCAGAAUUGAUUUAAAAUAUGCUCGAGUGGAAGAUUGCUUAUCCCUUAUACUACAACUACACCGAGCUUCAUCUUUACAGACUGCAGAACAUAGGCAUAUGGCUGCCGCAAUAGCAUAUGGUAGACAAACACUUAUCAAAUUUGAUCCAACAUGGUUAGAAUUGGGUGAAAAUAUAAUAAUGGAAGAAGUAGGUCAGAAAAUAACACCUCUUAGUAUAAAUUCUGGAAGAAUAGUAUUGACUAGUUUACAUGUGUAUUUCCAACCUUUCAACAAUAAUGAAGUGACUUUAUAUUUAAAAAUUGAGUUGUCUGAACUAAAACGAAUCAUUAAAAGAAGAUUUUUGUUACAACAAGUUGGUUUAGAAUUUGAAUAUGAACUCAAUAAACAGUUGUACCUGACAUUUAAAACUACUGAAGUACGAGAUAAGCUUUAUGAUAAUUUAUUAAAUCAAUCAAAAGUGAAAAUGGAAAAACGUGAAAGAUGUACCAUGACAUUAAAAUGGCAAAAUGGUGCUCUGUCUAACUAUGAUUAUUUACUAUAUUUAAACAGUUUGGCUGACAGGACUGUUAAUGAUCUGACACAGUAUCCUGUUUUUCCAUGGGUUGUAGCAGAUUACACAUCUUCUACUCUAGAUUUAACUAACUCAAAUACAUUCCGUGAUCUUACAAAACCCAUUGGUGCCUUGAAUCCAGAAAGAUUGUUAAAACUCCAGGAUAGAUACAAUGAAAUGAAUGAACCAAAAUUUUUGUAUGGAUCUCAUUAUUCAACUCCUGGAUUUGUUUUGUUUUAUUUAGUACGUAAAUAUCCCCAAUAUAUGUUAUGUUUGCAAAACGGUAGAUUUGAUCAUCCAGAUCGAAUGUUUAACAGUAUAUCAGAUGCUUGGAGAAAUGUGUUAAACAAUAUGUCAGACUUUAAAGAGUUAGUUCCAGAAUUUUAUGACACUGAUCAAUGUGGUGAUUUUUUAACUAAUAAAUUUGGUAUUGAUUUUGGAACCAGACAUGAUGGUCGCAAAGUUGGUGAUGUUGAACUUCCAAAAUGGGCAACUAGCCCUGUAGAUUUUGUUUCUAAAUUGAGACAAGCUUUAGAAAGUGAUUAUGUAUCCAAUAAUUUACAUCAUUGGAUAGACCUUAUUUUUGGUUAUAAACAAAAUGGAACAAAUGCAAUCAAAGCAAAUAAUGUGUUCUACUACUUAUGUUAUGAGGGAGCUAUUGAUUUAAACAAUGUUCGAGAUUGGAACCAAAGACAUGCAUUAGAGGUGCAAAUCAUGGAGUUUGGUCAAAUACCAAAACAGAUAUUUGAAAAGCCACAUCCACCAAAAACAUCUUUAUUAAUUAAAGAUUUUCAACAGUUUGGAUUAUUACCAAAUAUAGAACAGUAUUGGAAUUGGAAUAAUUUAAGUAUAUUAAAAUUAUUUACCACAACUACACAUAGAGAUACAGCUACAAGUGUAAAAAUUAGUGAAGAUAUGCAAACAGUUUGGUCAGUAGGACAUGAUGCUAUGCUUAAAGUCCAUUGCAUAUCAACCCAGAAACAAAUUAGAAGUGUUAUUGUACAGGGUUUUCCAGUUAAAUUUAAUGAUAUAAUUUUACCACCAAUUUACACAUCAACAGCAUUGAUUGCUACCAUGCAUGGAUCUUUGAUUGUUUAUGAUAUUGACUGUUGUCGUAUUACCGAUGACUUCAGAGCCCAUGAAGAUUCUAUAUCUUGUUUAGCAUGGUCUAAAAACGGAUUUUUAAUAACUGGUUCUUUAGACUGUACUGUGCGUGUUUGGAAGACUCCACAAGCACCAUGGACCAAAAUUGAGUUAAUAACUUCUCUUAAAGCUGAAUUGGAACAUGAAAAUAAAGUUACAAGUUUAGCUCUUUCUAUGGAUAACAAAUUGUUGGCAACUGGAACUGAUGUAGGUGAAAUUUUUUUAUGGUUUUUCCUUGAUUAUUCAUUUAUACAACAGAUACCAGGACACUCUGACAGUGUAAAUAAAUUGAGUUUUAGUCGUGAUUGCUCAAAACUUAUUUCAUGUUCUGAUGAUUGCUGUUUCAAAGUGUUUGAUUCUAAUAGUGGACUCGAACUUUAUACCAAUACUCUUCAAUGCCCAUUAAAAACAUUAGCAUGGGAUGGAUAUCAUGUUUUUGUUGGUGGUGAUGAUGGAAUCAUGUAUUUGUGGGACUUGGAAAAAUUUGAACUUAUUAAAAAAGUUCCAACACAUUCUGGUGGAUUGUUAAAUAUGGAUGUUUCUAAUGACGGAAGUAUGAUUGCUACUAUUGGUAAAGAUCGUUUGGUUUAUGUAUGGAAAACAUCUUUUGAUACUUAGAGAUUUUAAUGUUACUAUCAUAACAAAUUAAAAACAAUUAAUAUGUAUUUUAUUUUUUUUUAUAUUUUAUUUGUAUAGAAA